CUCUCUCUCUCUCUCUCUAUAUAUAUAUAUAUAUAUAUAUAUACACACGUAUAAUUCAAAUAUGGAGAUGGAAGUGAUGGUACCUGUGGCGGCAGCCGCUGUGGACUUCAAUUUCGAUAGUACUUGCUCCUCUCCUUACAUGACUGCUCCUUCUAGUCCUCAGAGAUUCGGCAAGUACUUCUUCAGCGCACCUACCAGCCCCUCUUCCCGCGCCGCUUCCAAUUUCUACCAUCAUUUCGAGCAAUCUGGAAUUAACAAAGCAAAACAACAAGAAGAAGAAGACAAAUUAUUGACUGACGAUGAUCAAGAUUUCGAGUUCAAUUUCAGUGGACCGUUGCAUGUGCCUCUGAUAUCUGCAGCAGAUGAACUCUUCGAUGGUGGCAAGAUCCGCCCCCUCAGACCACACUUAUUUGCAGCCAAUUCGACGCGCAAAACAGAGGAUGUUCUCUCAGAUGAAAAUUCACAAACACGUGGAAGACAACGAAGCUCUUCUUCAUCAUCGGAUCCGAAUUAUGUACGCAGAGAGAGCAAAUCUCUGCCUCCGCUUAGGGUUUCCGAUGUAUUAAUCGAGCAGGAGGAGAUCACUGAGAACACGAAAGCCAUCUUAUCCAAAACAAGCAAUUCGAAAUCCUACUCAUCUACAAUUUUGUCGGUGAUUUCGUUCUCGAAAGGAUACAAGAAGUGGAAAUUCACGGAUCUUCUGUGUCGAAGCGCGUCGGAGGGGAGAGAGCCACUGACGAAAUUCUCUGUUUUGAACAGAAGAGAAAUGGAGACUGCAGGUGUGAAGAAUGCGAGCUUCCAGUCCACAGAAGGUAGUGUGGGUUCGGUUUCGAGGAGGAGAGGACUGGUUUCGGCUCAAGAGUUGCAUUACACGAAGAACCGGGCGCUUUCGGAGGAGUUGAAGAGGAAGACGUAUUUGCCGUACAAGCAUGGGUUGUUGGGUUGCUUGGGGUUCAAUCCGGCGGGUGUGCAUGACAUUUCUAGAGGGGUUGGAUCUUUGACACGUGGAUAAUACAGAUCACUCCAUCUCCAUAUGUGCUUGUCUCAUUAUGUGAGUACAAUUAUGAUAGAAUCACAACCAUUGGUAUCUCAGUUAUUGAUUUGUACACACAAGAUUUCAUAUGGAACAUGUGGAGCCUAUUGAAAGUAUGAAUUCACUUGGAUCGUGUACGUCUAACUCAACAAUUGAGAUAACCAAGAUACCAAUUCUGGAAUCUUUAUCAUUUCGUAUGUUAGUACUUAGUAGUAUGUGUUAGCUUAAUUUAUAAAUUAAUGGUGUCACUAUCCAUGACAUGGAUUGAAUUGUUCAAAAUAAUGAAUGAA